AUUGUUAUGUAAUAAAUUAUUUAUAUAAAUAUGUAGAACGAUGUACUGAAAAGUAUUCUGUCAAUUUUUUUAAGUACAUCAGAUGUUGAAUUAUAACUUUUAUAUUGUAACAAUGUAAACACCUACUUUUUCAGAAUAAAAACUCGGACUGUAAAAUUAUCCAAUUAGUUUUCUUCCUGUUGAAAAAAUAUGAGCAGUAAUACGAGAAGCGAACCCGUAUUUUCUACAAGUUCUGAAGUAAACUAUAGAAAUUUUAACCUGCAAAAGUUUGCUAGAAAUAAUCAGAGCUAACAUACGCAACAGAAGCAGAAACUCGUUUAUUCUGUGAAUUCUACAUCACAUUGGCUAUUUGAUAAGGGUCUGAAUUUGAGAUUUCAAAAACGGGCUUUUGUAGAAGACGGCUACUUAUCGAGCAGCUAAGGAAUGAGCAGUAGAGCAAGGUGCGCGCGCAUGUGUAUGGACGCUAGCAUUCUGGCUGAGAGUUUAUGUGGAACCAAUAUAUCUGACAAGGCGAUUUCGACAGGAUUAGAAGGAAUAUUAAAACGAAGAAGCCACUCGAGUGACUGUUUUUGGAAAAACACAAAUACUUUACCUCUACGUAAUAUUAAAAAUUUAUAGCCUACCCUAUAUACGGUUACAACGCGCAUGCCAUUGGCUGCUCAAUAAACAGCCGCUUCCUGUAAAUCGCCGCUGCUGAAAUCUUCAUUGUGAACAAUUAUCGAACACUUACUACAGCUCAAUGUGGUUGAGUUUACUAUUGUCAGGAACAAAACGCAUAGUUUUCUAAAUGGUUUCAUCUUCUUGAUCUCCCGUAAGUCACUAUUUUAAAUUCUUGCCUUUAUUAGCCUUGAUUUUGCAGCGAUUUUACAUUGAUGUUUCAUCAAUGCCGUCCCUUUUAACAAGUUUUCCUAACGAAACAUAAGAGUCAAAUAUUGGUGAUGUUGGGUGAUGUUUAACCCAGUAUCAACAAUAACUCAGUAUCAAAUUAUACCAUUCACUAUUUGAGAGCGAAGAAUAUUCAAAUUAGCGAGUCACCCUAUAUGUAACCGCACAAGAAAGUGAAUAGACUUUUGCAGGGAGAGCACGCAUGUUAUUGGCCGCUCGAUAAGUUGCUGCUUCCCGUAAAACUCCGCCCCCACAGCCACUACCGCAGCUACUUAUCCAGCGGCCGUUAAAAUUUAAAUCAGUUAAAGCCAAGCGAUCUAAAAGAUUAGCAGCCAGAGAAACUCAAAGCACAUAAAGAAUACAUCAAAACAUAGUCAUUAUGUCAACGUCUAACACGAAUAUUGUAAUAAAAGUAGAACCACAUGAACUAGAUACAAGUACCAAUACAACUACAAGUACAAAUAGAAGUACGGCUAUAAAUACAAAUACAAGUACGAGUGGUACGAAUUCUAUUAAACGUAAAGUAUCUACGAAUUUAACACUGCAAAAGAAAUUAGAAGCAGUAAGAAAGAAAGAUGCAGGUCUUUCAACAAUUGAAAUAGCAAUGGAAUAUAAUAUCAGCGAAACUACCGUAAGGCGGUGGAUUCGAGAAAGGGAGAAAUUGGAAAAACACAGUCUUUCAUUAACAUCAAAGCGCUUACGUUUAUCACCUGUUGAGAAAGUUAAUCAAGCAUUAACGAUUUGGUUCCACGGUGAACAAAAAAGGAACAACGCACUCACUGUUAUACAAGUGAAAGCAAAAGCUCAGGAAUUCUUUCAGCGUUUUGGUGGUUCAGAAUCCUUUAAAGCAAGUGAUGGUUGGUACCGUACAUGGAAAUUCAGGAACGGUAUUCGUUCCAUAGCACCAUCUGGGGAACCAUCAUCUACAAAUACAAAAGCAGCAAACCAAUUUACCACUGAAAUAUCAGAGUUAAUAGAUAAAGAAAACUUAACUUUAUAUCAGAUAUUCAAUGCGGACGAAACCGAGCUUUAUUUUAAAAUGAUGCCAAAUAGAAGUUCAAUUGUAAAGACAGAGCACCCACUUCCAGGGCAUAAAAAAAUUAAUGAUAGACUGACUGUAAUGGCAUGUUGCAAUGCUAAUAGUUCAUUCAAAAUGCCAUUACUAGUAAUAGGGAAACAUCAAAAGCCAGCAGCAAUGAAACAUAUAGCACCACAGUUAUUAUCUGUGAAGUAUACAAAUCAGAAAAAUUCUUGGAUGAGUGCAAUCAUCUUUGAGAGAUGGUUUAGGGAGGACUUUGUUCCCCAGGUUGUUGCUUUUCUAAAAUCAAGAGGACUACCAGAAAAAGCAAUCUUACUGUUGGAUAAUGACAAGUCACAUCCAUCACUAAAUAUGCUAACUGUAGAUGGGAUCAGAGCAAUAUUUUUUCCAUCAUAUGUAACUCCACUUAUACAACCCCUUGAUCAAGGAGUCAUCAAUGUAAUCAAACGAAGAUACAAGGCAAAAUUUUUAAAAUAUUUAAUAAACGCUCAGGCUGAUGGAAUGAAUUAUAGUCGAGCAAUAGGAUCAUUUAACAUAAAAAAUGCAAUUGAUUUAAUCGGUGAUGCAUGGGAUGAAAUUAGUGAGAAAACAAUCUCGAACUCUUGGAAGAAAUUAUUAAAUAUGCCGGUUGAUGAAGAUAAUAAUAAUCCUGAUUAUGUUUCUUCUGAACAAAUCUAUCAAAUGUGCAAGAAACUUCGAAGUCAUGAAGAUAUUACAUUAGAUGAAAUCAAUGAAUGGAUCCAUUCUGAUGGCUUAUCAACCUUAACGGAUGAGGAAAUCAUUGAUGCUGUAGAGAAUCCUGGCAAUGAUGAAACUGAAACAGAGAAUGACCAUUAUACAGAAAGUGAAAUUUCACCUUCACAAGCAAUGCAGGGUUUGGACUGUGCCAUCUCCUUUUUUGAAAAAACUGGUAUCCUCGUAUCACUUUCUGAUAUGAAAAUUUUGAAAAGGGUGAGAGACGAAUUAUUGAAAAUUAAAAAUCAGAUUUAAUUUAGAAGAAUAUCUAAUAAUUAGGGGAGAGAAUGGACUUCUCAGUUAUAACAAUAAAAAUUUAUUUUGUUA